AUGAGCAGCCGUCACCAUCAUCAUUGCCAUAGCAAGAAGGGUUCAGAAGAUCCAUGCGAUGCACGAGCCAAGUUCGUGAGUAAAGACCUUCAUGAGAAGAAUGAGACUCGAUUCCUCGAGGUGGUUCAAACCGCGUGUCAACUCUACGAUGAUUUGGUUGACUUGAGCACUGCAAUUAAGCAGACCAUGGAUGAGACCUACGGCCCAACAUGGCAUGUCGUAGUCGGACCAAACUUCGCCAGCCACAUUAUGCACGAGAAGAGUGCUUUCGCGCACAUCAAAUGCAACAACCUCUCGUUUCUCAUCUACAAAUAUGGCUAA